AUGUUGUAUUAGUAUUUUUUAAUUGACAAAAUUACCCUCUGUUCCCUCCAUAAUCCCCCACUUCCAAUUUUCCGCCGAUUUCACUGCUCAGUCUGUUCGUUGUCAAUAAUGGAGAAACUGAAGCAAGCAGUGAAAGAGAUCGCCUACGGUCAAAACCAAGCUAAGUUCUCCAAUCUUCAUCGCUCUCUUAUUCCUUUCCUUUCCUAUGCUUCUUCUCUCUACGGCGCCGUUCUCUAUAUUCGUCAUUCGCUUUACCGCUCUGGUUUCUUCUCUAAGAACAGCUUGCCGGUGCCGGUAAUCAGUGUUGGAAAUUUGACGUGGGGAGGAAAUGGAAAGACUCCAAUGGUUGAGUUCAUAGCGAAGCGCUUAACUGAUUAUGGAAUUUCAUCUCUCAUUUUGACAAGGGGCUAUGCUGGUGGAGAUGAAGCUAAAAUGCUAAAAAGGCAUCUAAUUGGGAGGGCAGUAAAAGUCGGCGUGGGAGCAAAUAGGGUGGCCACAGCCAAUUUGGCAUUUGAAAAAUACGGAUACGUAGACUAUCGUGGUGGUAAAUUCGUUGAGAGAACCUAUCUUGACCCAAAAAUGGGAAGUCAUAUUGAUUCACAAAAAAUUGGUGCUGCAAUUCUGGAUGAUGGAAUGCAGUAUUGGAGCUUAAGUCGUGACCUAGAGAUUGUAAUGAUUAAUGGAUUAAUGCCAUGGGGAAACGGCAAACUACUUCCUCUUGGACCCUUAAGAGAAGCUUUAACAGCGAUCAGACGAGCCGAUAUUGCUGUAAUUCAUCAUGCUGACCUGGUACCGGAACAAAAGGUCAAAGUUAUCGAGUUAGUGGUUCAAGAAAUCAAGGAGUCACUUCCUAUUUUUUAUACAAGAAUGACUCCCUCAUAUUUAUUUGAACCGAGAAAUAUAAGCAAAAAGAUGCAUUUGGAAGGGUUGCAUGAUGCAGUCGUAUUAUGUGUUUCUGCAAUUGGUUUUCCUGAUGCUUUUGUGAUGGCGGUGGAAAAGAUUGGACCGUUAUUUGUUGAUCAAAUCGACUUCAGUGACCAUCACUCAUUUGGAAUCGAGGAUAUUCAUAUGAUAAGAAAGCGGCUUAGACAACUUGAGGACAAGUUCAGUUGUAAGCCAAUUAUUGUAGUUACAGAAAAGGACUACGAUAGAGACCCCGAGAUUCUGAAACAUAUGUAUCCUUUUCAAGUUGUCGUACUCUGUUCCGAAAUGCAGAUUAUACCUCGUAAGGGGUGCGACGAGGAAAGCUUCAAGUCGUUAUUGAAGGAGCUACUUGAAGUGUAAAUGUGCAUCUGAUGCGGAUUAAAUUUCUGCUUUUAGACACAGUAGUA